AACUUCUACUGGGCUGGAGCACAUAACUACAUUUGCCAUGGUGGAGAUGUUGCUGAAAACGGGAGCAUGGGAUAUCAGUGCAUGAUCACGGAGCUCCACACAGUUUGGUUGCUUAAAUCUGCUUCAAUGGACCACAUUCCCGGAGCUUGGAAGACUCUUCCUGAUGGAAUUGGAUUAAAGGAUUCUGUCUUCAAUGGAUCCAGUUGUAUUUCACCUACCAUUGUUGAACAAUUUGGUUAUCAGCGCAGAGCAUCUGAUGAUGGGAAACUUUUAGAUUCCUCCAAGACAAGUAAUACUAUUCGUGUUUUUUUGCCUAAUAAGCAACGCACAGUGGUGAGUCUGUUUCUUGUUUUGAGCAAAAUAAAAGAUUCACUGUUUUUUCCCUACUAGUUCAUUCCAGUGCCCCAAUAGUCUAAAAAUGUUUAAAUGUGGAAGAGUCCAGAAUAGAUACACUGACAUUUUGUUCAACAUGUUUACUCAAUAUAUACACACCAUAACUUUGGAGAAAGUAGUGAGACUGGUGUAAUUUCUCUGAAUAUAUGUAUACCUACUCUUAUGAGUAGGUCCUGCUAACGUAUCCUUUCUGGACGUUAGAUGGUUUCUUGUAUUUUGCUCUUGGCUUGAAAGAGACUACUGAGUUGAGCCUCAAAAGAAUUUUAGACUUGCAUCCACAUCAUGAAUAUAGAUUGUUAAACAUUGCAGCAAAAAUCACAUCAGCUC